AUGAAUGACAAGGAAUACGUCUACGGCGGCGAUGGCGGCCACGACGAAAAGACCAUGGGCCCCAACGACUCCCCUCACGAGCACAUCCGCGGCCUCGAGACCGACCCCAACUCGAAGCUGCACCGCGGCCUCAAGGCCCGCCAUAUUAGCAUGAUCGCCAUUGGCGGUGCCCUCGGAACUGGUCUCAUAGUCGGCACCGGUAAGGCCCUCGCCCAAGCCGGGCCGGGGUCCCUCUUCAUCUCCUACCUCUUUGUCGGCUUUCUUGUCUUCAUGGUCAUGGCCUCGCUAGGCGAGAUGGCCGCCUGGCUCCCCCUCCACUCUGGCUUUACUGGUUAUGCUACCCGUUACUGCCACCCGUCUCUUGGAUUUGCUCUCGGUUGGUGCUAUCUUAUGAAGUAUCUCGUCAUCACCCCCAACCAAUUGACCGCCGCCGCCCUCGUCAUCCAAUACUGGGUCAAGCCUGAAAAGGUAAACCCUGGCGUCUUUGUUGCCAUCUUCUUGGUUGCUAUUAUCUGCAUCAACUACUUUGGCGGCAUCAAGUUCUUUGGCGAGUUUGAGUUUUGGCUCUCCUCCUUCAAGGUCAUCGUAAUCAUCGCCAUCAUCCUCUUUGCCCUGAUCAUUGCUUGCGGCGGCGGCCCCAACCACGACGCCUCCGGCUUCCGCUACUGGUCUAACCCGGGUGCCUUUGCCGAGCUUAAGGGCUACUCGACCGGCUCCCUCGGCCGCUUCCUCGGCUUCUGGUCCGUUAUGGUUAACGCUACUUUCGCCUACCUCGGAACCGAGCUGGUUGGUGUCACGGCCGGUGAGGCCCAGAACCCGCGCCGCACUAUCCCCAAGGCUAUUCGACUCACCUUCUACCGAAUCCUCGUCUUCUACUGCCUCAGCGUUCUCCUCGUUGGCAUGAUUGUCCCCUACAACUCGCCCGAGCUCGCUUUCGCCAACUCCCAGGGCUCCACCAAGGGUGCCUCUGCUGCUUCUUCUCCCUUUGUCGUUGCUGCUCAGAUCGCUGGUGUUAAGGUCCUGCCUCACAUCAUCAACGCCUGUAUUCUGGUCUUCGUCUUCUCCGCAUCCAACUCCGACCUCUACAUUGCAAGCCGUACCCUCUACGGUCUCGCUUCCGACGAGUCCGCGCCCGCCAUCUUCAAGCGCACCGACAACCGUGGUGUUCCCUACGUCGCCCUGGCCACUGCUGCCCUCUUUGCGUGCCUGGCAUUCAUGAACGUCAGCAGCGAUAGUAAGACUGUCUUUGGCUACUUUGUCAACCUGACAACCGUGUUUGGCCUCCUCGCUUGGAUUUCCAUCCUCGUCACUCACCUGUACUUUGUCAAGGCUCGUGAGGCCCAAAACAUCCCCAAGACCGCCAUGCCCUACAUCGCGCCGCAGGGCUACUGGGGCAGCGUCAUCGCCUUGUUCUUCUGCUGCCUCAUCUGUGUCACCAAGAACUUUACCGUCUUCAUCCACACCAAGAACACAAAGUUUGCCUAUAAAGAUUUUAUUACUGGCUAUAUUGGCAUUCCCCUGUACCUCAUCUUCCUGUUCGGCCACAUGUGGAUCACGAAAUCGAAGCCUGUAAAGCCUACCGAGGCCGACUUUUACACGGGCAAGAACAUCAUCGACAACGAAGAGCAAGAGUACCUCGAGAACUUGAAGCUCGACCGCUCCCAGAGCCGUGGAGCCCGCAAGUUCUACCAUCGCUACAUCGCAUGGCUGUUCUAA